AUGAACAGCAACUACGAGAGGCUGGAGGAGGACACGCCGACGCCGUCGCGGCCCGGCGCGUACGAUCCCCACGUCCCGGCCCCCGCGGCGGCUCCCGUCGCGGCGGCCGCGGCCUCCCCCUCGGCCAUGGCCGCCCCGGACAAGCAGCACAUACCCACCGCGGCUGCCGCGCCCGCGGGCGCGGUUCCCACCGCGGUGGCGGUGCCGGCGGGCGCGCACGGCGUCCCCGUGCACGCGCAGCUGCACGCGGCAUCCGCCGGGAUGUACCCCGUGGUCAUGCCGGACCUGCCCGACGCCGUCGACGCGUGGAACGGGCUCCAGGGUUUGAUGCAGUGGUACCUCUCAUUCUCCAUCGUCCUCAUCGUCAUCUCCUUCAUCUUCGGCUUCCUCUUCUUCAUCUUCCUCCCAUCCGGACUGAUGGGCACGAUCGCCGCGAGCAUGCACCUGAACGAGCGGUGCCGAGGCCGGGGAAGCGUCAUCGGCGCGGUGGGCACGAUCCGGGUCCUAUCCGCGGUCGCCGCGACGCUCGAUAUGAUCCUAGCGGGCAUCUUGUUCCUGGUGACGCUCGCGGCGGGCGGCAAGGCGGUUGGGUUCUUCGUCGCGCUGACGAUGAUCUACGGCGGCCACGGCUUGAUCAGCAUACACGUGUUCAACCAGUCGAGCAGGGUGGCGGACGCGGUCAACCCGGUGUCGCGGGGGGUCGUCGUGCUGUAA